AUGAUGUCCGAAACAUACUCCAACGGGAGGUCUUCUUCCUCGUUGGAAGAUCCGCACCCAAUGGUGGAGCUGGCUCCACCACUCAACUCUCCUCCAGUCUCAGAACCACAUCCCAUAUACGCACCUCUCACUGGAGAUGCAUCCGGCAAGAGGCCAUCCGUGCCUUCCAUUAUGGGGUACCGUUCUAGGUCAACAACCCCAGGCACAUCAGACCCCUCGAAGCGCGAAUCAUACAACCUCGCCGGCAGCACUUUUCUCAUCACAAACGAUGGCAGGACGCUCAAACUGCCUAUGCCAUCAAAUUCCAAGGCCGAUCCUUUGAACUGGGGCAGAUGGAAGACAGCCGGGGCCUUAUUCGCCGUAGCGCUCUAUUCUGUUGUCUGUCUCACUGCAGCUCAAGCGGCGUCAGUCAUACUCAACAGCAUCCAGAAAGAGUUCCAGGACGAGGACAUACCUCAAUGGCAGAUCAAAGCGUUGGUGACAGGCCCGACCAUGCUCAUGGGUAUUGGAUGCUUGCUGUGGGUGCCAGUGUCAAUCGGGUUGGGUCGUCGGCCUACGAUCCUGAUAGCGACCAUGGUCGUACUGGCCGCUAUGGUAUGGGCCGGUCAAGCACAAACUUUCUGUUCGCUCGUCGCCGCAGUCUGUUUCCUCGGUUUGGGAGAAGGGCUUGCUUUGUCUCUAGCCUUCUUGAUGGUCAUUGACCUCACAUACAUCAACCAGAGAUCGAUAGGAAUAGCCCUCAUGUGGUGCAUGGCAGGCUGCUUUGGCACCUCUGGCGUUGCACUUGUACCCCUCCUAGCCGACCACGGCAACAACUGGCGUCGAUUCUACCACUACUGGACCAUUCCCGUCGUCGUCUCGCUCGUCGUCACCUUCUUCCUCUACCCCGAGACAUACUUCAAGAGGCCAACAGUAGCUUUCAACGGACUCAUCCUGCUGCAGAGUGCCACCGAGAAGCUGACCGUCUACGAAGACCGCGAGAAAGACUCUGAGAUCUAUCGCGACCUCCCCGAAUACCCACUGCGCACCGGAUUCGCGGGUUUCCGUGACCGCGUUGGGCUAUCACGCUCACCCUUCGCGUCAUGGGCUUCGGCGGGACGGUGCGUUAUCCAAAUGGGUUACUGUGCCGUCAACCCACUCAUCUUCUGGGUCUUCGUUGCCUCUGCCUUCAACUCGGCAAGCAUGAUCUUCAUCGGCGCAACGUACGCAAAGAUCCUUAUCGCACCACCUUACAACAUACCACCCGGCCUUGUUGGCACAGUCAACGUCGCAUCCGGUAUCGGAGCCCUAUGCGGCCUGCCCAUCUUCGCCAUCCUUUUCGGCAAGGUGCUCAAACGUCUAUCAAGCCGCAACAAAGGUGUCCUAGAAGCUGAACACUACCUCGUCAGCUACAUCCUCCCCGUCCUCACCGGCGCACUAAGCUCUCUCAUCUACGGCCUCGCAGUGCAGUACCAAUGGAUGGCGUCUGCUUUCUACUUCGCAUACGGAAUCAACGGCUUCUCUUUCAUAACGAUGAUGAUUGCGAACACGCUUUGGGUUACCGAAGCCUUCCCACGGUGGGCAGCUCCUGCCAUCGCUGUUGUUUUUGGAGGUUGCUACUUCCUCACUUGGGCUAUGAGCUUUGCGCUUGUGCCCUGGAUUGAAUCACAUGGAUACGUGUGGGUUGGUAUUGAACUCAUGAUUUUCCAGAUUGUGGGUGGGUUGGUUGCUAUGCCGGUGGCAUUUUGGGGGAAGAGUACACGACAGGCCAUCGCUGGUAGGUGGGCUGAAGAUAGGAGUGGUGCACUUCGGCCGCUGUGA